UCGUCAUUCACUCCAAACAGAGAUGGCGAAAUGGUGUCGUGGCCUGAGAUCCGUGGCGUCAUCUUCAUUCAAUCAAACGAUUCGGUGUUUGCAUCAUUACGAGACGAUCCAGGCGAUACCACGAGAAGCUACUGGCCGGAGAGUAUCUGCUCGUGAUCGGACAAUUGGCCGGAUCCCCGCCGUGGUUUUUCCCCAAUCGCCGGAUGCUUCGCCUUCGAGGAAGCAGCUUUUGACGGCUGAUAGGAAGCAGAUUAAGUCGAUUCUCGACUCGGUGGGUCUCCCUUUCUUCUGUUCGACCAAAUUCAAGCUCCAGAUCCGAGCCGGGCUGGGCUCGGAGUCGCUACUUGAAUCGGGCCAAGUACUUCCCCUCAAGAUUCAUAGAGAUGAAGAAAGUGGGAAGAUACUUAAUUUAGUAUUCGUAUGGGCUAAUGAUGGAGAGCACUUGAAGGUUGAUGUUCCUCUUCUUUUCAAAGGAUUAGAUAUUUGUCCCGGUCUCAAGAAAGGGGGAAAUCUACAGUCAAUGCGAAGUAGUCUGAAACUUGUAGGCCGAGCUGAACACAUGCCAUCUAAAAUCGAAGUAGAUGUGAGCAAACUCGACAUUGAGGACAAAGUGUUAGUGCAAGAAGUUGUAUUUCAUCCAUCGUUGAAGCUGUUGAGCAAGAAUGAAACCUUGCCUGUUUGUAAGAUUACAGCCACAAGCCCGGUUAAGGAAUCAGAAGCUGUUCAAGUAUAA